UGAAAUAGUGCAUAGGCGAAGACUAGCGGAUGCUGCCGUGUUCAUCUUCAUACAUCAUUUCGAUAUAGAUUUAAAAAAACUCUUAACACUUUAUCGGUAUCUCUUGAAUAGAACAGUUCCAUCAUCUAGCUUGACAGGAUUGAAAUGUUACAGUUUAGGUUCACGUUAGUGCUAAAGGAGUUGUAUAAAUCCAACCGCGCGCGUCCUUUUUCAGGUAUAGCUAGAAAUAAGACGUCAUUAACCGCCUCUUGCUGCUUCAGCACCGGCUGUGCCAAUGUCAAAUUGGGGUCCAAUCUAAAGUCCCUCUGUGUUGGGGGACACCCACCUGUGCUGUCCACCUCGUAUGGGGUGAGGUACCUGUGCACGAAGACAGAUGCCGGCUCUACAAAUUCCAAAAAUGAACUCAGCAAAGAGGCUGCUGCAGAAAAGAGAAGGAAGGCGGGUAUCCUGCCCAGCCUGGAGGACCUCCUCUUCUACACCAUUGCAGAGGGCCAGGAGAAAAUCCCUGCUCACAAGUUCACCACGGCUCUGAAGGCCACUGGGUUAUGGACGGGCGACCCCAGGCUGAAAGAAUGUAUGGAGAUGCUGAAGGUCACCUUGAAGCAGACGUCAGAUGGAGCGCUGGACCGUCACCUCUUCAAGAAAUGUGUUCAGAGCAACAUAGUGCUGCUCACGCAGGCGUUCAGGAAGAAGUUUGUCAUCCCCGACUUCCAAUCCUUCUGCUCCCACAUCGAUGACAUUUACGAGAGUGCCAAAAUGAAGUCCGGAGGCAAGGUGGCUGACUAUAUCCCUCAGCUGGCGAAGUUUAGUCCGGACCUGUGGGGGGUCGCCAUUUGCACAGUGGACGGACAGAGGUUCACGGUGGGAGACACUAAGGUCCCGUUCUGUCUGCAGUCGUGCGUGAAGCCUCUGAAGUACGCCAUCGCCGUAAACGACCACGGCACAGACUAUGUGCACCGCUUCAUCGGGAAGGAGCCCAGCGGCCUGCGCUUCAACAAACUCUUCCUCGAUGAGGACGAUAAGCCCCACAAUCCCAUGGUAAACGCCGGAGCCAUCGUCUGCACCUCUCUCAUCAAGACAGGAGCAAGCAACGCAGAGAAGUUUGAUUAUGUCAUGAACUUUAUGAAUAAGCUGGCGGGGAACGAGUAUGUGGGUUUUAGCAACGCCACUUUCCAAUCUGAGCGAACAUCAGGUGACAGGAACUUUGCCAUUGGCUACUACUUGAAGGAAAAGAAGUGUUUUCCAGAGGGAACAGACAUGACCGCCAUCCUGGACUUCUACUUCCAGCUGUGCUCGAUCGAGGUGACGUGUGAGAGUGCCAGUGUCAUGGCGGCCACGUUGGCCAACGGCGGCUUCUGUCCAAUCACUGGCGAGCGUGUGCUGAACCCCGAGGCCGUGCGGAAUACCCUGAGUCUCAUGCACUCCUGCGGCAUGUAUGACUUCUCAGGACAGUUCGCCUUCCAUGUGGGCUUGCCGGCUAAGUCGGGAGUGGCGGGGGGCAUCCUACUGGUGGUGCCCAACGUGAUGGGCAUCGUGUGCUGGUCGCCCCCUCUGGACAAGAUGGGCAACAGCGUGCGCGGCAUCCAGUUCUGCACGGACCUGGUUCACCUGUGUAACUUCCACAACUAUGACAACCUGCGGCACUUUGCCAAGAAGCUGGACCCACGUAGGGAGGGAGGUGACCAGAGGGUCAAGUCUGUCAUCAACCUGCUGUUUGCAGCGUACACUGGGGAUGUCUCUGCCCUGCGCAGGUUUGCAUUGUCGUCAAUGGACAUGGAGCAGAGGGACUAUGACUCCAGGACGGCUCUGCACGUAGCUGCAGCUGAAGGCCAUUCUGAGGUGGUGAGGUUCUUGCUGGAAGCCUGCAAGGUCAGCCCAAUUCCCAAGGACAGGUGGGGCAACACGCCCAUGGACGAGGCGGUGCACUUUGGGCACCAUGAUGUGGUGACGAUCCUGCAGGACUACGUCACCCAGUACAGCCCCAAGGAGCCUGCCGAGGACAAGGAGACCGCCGAGAAGAACCUGGACGGCCUGCUCUAGAGCACCACUCCCAUGCCCUGGGCACCCUGGACUGCUCUAGAAACUCCUCUCCCAUCCCCCCUCAACAGUGAUGGGCAACUCUAUACCAACCUCCCCAGCGCCUAAACAGUGAUGGACAAUCUGAAUUCAGGAGCUUAUACAAUGCAAUGCCUAAAUGACCUGGUUUUACCCAGUGAUGAGCGACCUGGAUUCUAAAGAGAGAAUCCACUGCCACAUAUUCCCAAUUUCCUGGUUUUGCCUAUUAUCUGGGAAUAGUGGAACUGGAUUGUAGCUUCUCAAUCCAGGUUGCCCAACACUGGUUUUUACCUGCCCACUUUCCAAAUUUGGCCAGGGAAUAACAGGUAAUAUGUAAUAGGUGGCACUGGAUUAUAAGCUUCUGAAUCCAGGAUGCCCAUCACUGGCCCUACCCCAACCUCCAUUAUUUAAUGAAUCUAUGUAUAUACAGUAUGUAUUGUAUUAUAUGUGGGAGUGUGAGAAGAAGUGUGUGUAUGAAUGGAAUGCCAGUGAGGCUCCUGUGUCAUUUUGUUUGGUACUACUAGUGUACAAGUGGAUGGUGAAUCAUUGAAACGUUGAAAUCUUUGUACAAGUUGCUGUAUUUUUAAGAUGAGGAAGAAAACAAGGAAAAAAGAAAAAUGUUUAAAAAACCUAAGUAUUUUGUAGCUGCUUCUGUUGACCUGUUCAUGGUUGUGAUAUUUUUCCGACUUGGCGUUCUAGCUUUUUUGUCUUCUGUUUGUUCGUCGGUUUGUUUAUUUUUCUGUGUUAUGUAGUUACAGUAGUAUAGUAUCGCACAUCUCCUCCCCUUUGCCAUAUAGCAGAGGUUUGUGGAACCAUGAGACAUCAUUCCGGUUCUUAAUUUGAGCUCCUGUUCUCUCGUCAAUCGGUUCCUUCCUGUUCUGUGUUGUAGCGUGUUCUCAUUGUGAUCUCCUCUGUGGAACAUAUUACUGUUAAUGCUGUGGAACUCUUACACCUUACUCGCCCUAUGACACCUACUAUACAUAGUCGAGUUCCACAGCAAGAGUAAAGAAAAUAAGUUAUAUAUAUAUACAUUAUAUGAAUUAUAUAUAAAUAUAUGUGUAUAAAUAUAUAGAGAUAUAAAUUUGUACAUUCAUGUACUGACGACACUAAAAAAUAUUCUGUCGUGUCGUUUAAAAUUUGAGGUAGAGUUGAGGUUUAAGGAUCUAGUGAGAGCAGAGUUUAUCUGAGGUUUUUUUUUUUUUUGGAAGCUUCUUUGGAUUCACAGGAAUUAAUGAGUCUUCAUGAAGAAGCAGACAGAUUGUGUCUGCUAUGUCAAACAAACAAACAAAAAGGUCA